AUGAGUAUUACAUCAGCGAGCCAAGAAAACACCUCUCUCACGAUCGCGGGCCCGACGGCCCUCACUGAAGCAGCAUCACUUCUUAUGAGCGCAACAAACGCCGUUCUUGAAGCCAGCGCCAUAAUUGCUACUUUCCCACUCGAAAUGCAAGCCACGUUGGUCAAUGAAGAAGCUGUGGCUGGAGAAGACAAUGCUUCAACAAUUGUCACUGCAACUCCAAACCAAGUCGGCAUCCUCACGCAUCACAAUCAGGAGCUCCACAAUCUACUACAAACCUUCCAGCAUGACGUCGCAACAUUUCGAGAUCAGCGCAAUGCACUGCAAGAUACGGUAAACCAACUUAUUGAACACCGUUCCAAGCUAAUUGAAGACAUCGCCAACCAACGCAUCCAGUUCAACACACAACUCAACAUUAAAACCGCUGAGGCAACUGCAGCAUAUACAGCAUUGGUUGAACGCACACGAGCACUACAAGAACAAAUUAAGAGAGCCGAGCAACAUAAUGAAACGGCACUAAACAAUUGCCGCGCAGAGCACCAAGUAGUCGUGGAACGAUUUCAUCAAGAAAUUACUCGUCUCUCACAGCGCAACGAACGUCUUCAAUCCGAGCAUGUCAAAACCAUGGUAGCUUUAACCGAGAAACAAACAAUUAGUCAAUCUGCUCCGGAUGCGUUGGCCCGCACACUUCAAGCCGAGCACGAAAUUUGA